AUUUCCUCUUCUGCCGGUGUUUCCUCCUCGUCAUGCCACGGCAGUCGGCAGCCAGUGAGUGAAGUCAGUAAGUCACCACAGACCACACAAAUGCUUCCGACCACGGCGACCGCCUCAACGCCUCCGCCGCCACCGGCCCCGCCGCCUGGCGAGCCGCACGCUGCCCUGUUCCUCGCCCUGGGCUACAUGCGGCUGCCUGAGCUGCUAGCCUGCUGGCGCGUAUGCCGCCUCCUCGGCGAGGCCGUCGCGGGGGACCCCCUCCUGUGGCGCCGCCUCGCGGUAGAGCCGCCGCUCAGCGGCCGGGUGACCGACCAAGUCCUCCUCAAGCUGACUGCGAGGGCGGAGGGGACGCUGCGGUCUCUCCGCCUGUUCGGGUGCCUCCACGUUUCCGACACCGGCCUGCUCCGCGUCGUCGAGCACAAUCCCUGCGUCACCGAGAUUUAUGUUCCUGGAUGUACAGGCUUGACUGGUGAUGGGGUGGUGAACAUUGUUCAGCUUCUGCACGAACACAAGGGAAAUAUAAGUCGUCUCCGACUCGAUGGCAUUAGCAGGAUGAGUAAGCAUCAUCUUGAUAUUAUCAUGUCUCUCAUGUGCAAAGGAAACCCACAAGGGCAACAAGAUGGAAUCCCACUUUUCUACAACCAUAGAGCCCGUGAAGCGCUGAACACCAAUGAUGAACGCCCUAUUGAUGUUGAUGUUUGCUCAGUGUGUGCGAAUGUCAGGCUUGUGUUUGAUUGUACGAGGGAUGACUGUAGGAAAGUGAGGGACAGCUUGUGGCGGUGCCGAGGCUGCUACUUCUGCUUUCCUAGAUGCGAAAAAUGUGGUGGCUGUAUCAGUCCGGAGGAUCUAGUCGAGGCUGAUCUUGCUUGUUCAGAUCUUAUGUGCUUGGAUUGUUGGCUUACGGUCCCUAAAUGCAGCACAUGCAAUCGGCCUUACUGUGAGAGGCAUGAAAAUUUGAUGGUGUCCUUGUCGAUGGCUGGCCAGUUUUCAUGCCAGCGUUGCAAGGAGCUCGGCUCAUCACACGAGAGUCAGGAAGAUGACUAUUAGAAGUGAGCUUUCCACCCCUCUUCUGUUACUGCAAACACUUGAGGUACUUACUAAGAAUUCUGUACUAGCAUUUGCUAUUGGAUUUUACCGACGCUUCGAGCUUACAAUGCUAGCUGAACAUAUCAUGAUGCUGAAUUAUAUACCGAUGUUUGUCAAAUGAAGCAGAUACAUAUUUCAUGGACCAGUUAAACUGAUUGUUUGAAUGACAGUCCAAUGGUCACAACUGGUGUACGCAUGCCAGUGGACGCCUUAA